AUGUCAAGAUUACCAAAACAUCCUACUACUAGCGGAAUACCGUCUUCAGGUCUUCCCUCACCAGGGGGGAAGCGUCGCUCAUCAGCUGGCACUACAGGAAAGUCUACACUUAACCUUAAAGAAUUGACUCCAGAACAGGAAGCAUUAUUACAAGCAGCCAUGGAAAGAUAUAAUCCGUCAGCUACUACCAAAUCGAAUGAAAAUAUUCAGACCAGUUCUACCUCAACGCUCGGAAAUAUUCAAUCACUCCCCUUAACACAAGCUACGAAUAACCAACCAAAUAGUCCUUCAAAAAAACCUGGUGGAAGAAGACAGAGUAUUUCCAGAAUGACACGUCCAACACUUCCACCGUUAUCUGAAAAAUCACCUGUUAAACAACCUUUAACAAUGCAGCAUACAUCUCCUUCAUCAAAAUUAUCAAGUAAUUUUGGUUUACCUCCACCAAACUUAUCUUCACCACUUCAACGUUCGCUUUCAGGUCAAAAUCAAAAUGUUUCGGGUUCUUCGACAUUGCCUUCGGCAUUAAAUCCCGCUCACCAACGCCUACAGGAAACACCUCAGCAACGUCCAACCUCUCCUUCGCUUGCUUUGUUUUCAAUAGGCGAACGAGUUACCGUUGUUUCAAUGAACAUUUCAGGUACUUUAAAAUUUUUGGGUCCAAUUGAUGCUAAGCGUGGAACUUGGGCCGGAAUAGAAGUGGAUGUUCCAGGAACAGGUAAAAAUGACGGGUGUGUGAACGGCAAAUCCUAUUUUACUUGUCCGCCAAAAUCGGGUAUAUUUGUUAACUCAACUAACCUUACCAAGCUCAAGGAAUCUAGAGAUGCGCCAAAUUCACCACAAAUGCCUUCAGCUAACAAACCUAACGCGUUGAUACGAUCACCUUCUACUUCAAGUAAUUCAAGCGAUAAAGCAUCACCUGGCACUCAUGCUCAAAACGCAGCCAUAGCUGCUGGUCGUAUUACAGCCGGUUCCCGUGCUUCAAAAUAUAUUGGCGUCACAGCUUCUCAACUUAAACAAAGAGCUUUAGCCAAACCAUCAAGCAUAUCCUCAACUUCUGAUAAUGUUCCUAAUGGACAAAUAACUUCACCUAAGACUAAGCCAACAUUAGGAUUAGGACUCAUGAGACCUGGUUCCCUCCAAAAUUUAAAGUCACCUUCUACACCUCCAUCUAAUGGUAGGCAAUAUCGUAACAGGAGAGAUUCGUCAUCAUCUACCGGAUCGGCUGUAUCAAAUAUAUCUCAACCAGCAUCUUAUGUUCCUAAGACAUCAUCAGGUUUACCUCGUUCACGAUCUAUUACACCAAAUCUUCCAAAUGAUUCGCAACAUACUUCUGAUAGUGAGAAUAAUAUUAGAGAAGAAAUGAGCAAUAAAUCACUUCAAGAAAAAAUUCAAAAAUUACUCAGCGAUCCGGAUACUCCUGAUAGUGUUCCUCUAGGUUUAUUUGAUCAACAAGCUCUCCGAAUUCAACAAUUACAAAUGAAAAUUGAGGUAUUAGAAACCGAAAACACCCAUUUAAAACUUCAUAAUAAGAAAUCUCAAACUCCUCAAGAAAAUAAUGAUAUCGAAAAGGUUCAGUGGGAAAAGGAGAAACAAUCUAUUUUUGAUGAGAGAGAAUUAAGAGAGAAAGCCUUGAAUGAUAAAAUAUCAGAUUUGUCCAGGCAACUUCAAGAAGUUGUUAUAAAGGGACAUCAUCAUAGACCAAGUACUUCAUUAUCAAUGAUCGCUGAUGACGACAACAUGAGUGAUAAGAUUUUACAGUUGACUGAAUUAGUUGAACAAAAAGAUGAACAUCUUAAAUCACUGGAAGAAACUAUCAAAGAACUUGAAAAGGCAAAUUCCAAUAAAGGUUCAAUCGAAGCUUCGGAUAGUAUUGCUCAAUUAGAAAAUGUUGUUCAAAAUAAAACAAUUGAGAUUGAUCAAUUAAAUGCAAAAUUUGAUCAAUAUAAACUCGAUUCAGAGAGUAAAAUUAAAACUUUGCAAGAAUCAAUUGAUAAUCUCAAGUUAGCAGGUCAAGAAACGAUCAAUAUUUAUGAAACUAAAGUUUCUUCAUUGGAAAAACAAGCUGAAGAUUUAAAGAAGGGUGGCAUAGAAACAAUCACUUUAUAUGAAGAGGCAACAGCUAGAAUUGCUGAACGCGACGAAAAAAUUAAUACGUUGGAAAAGGAAGCAGAAGAAUUACGAUCUGCUGGUGUGGAAGCUAUCGAUGUAUAUGAAAAAACAAUCGAAGAAACUAAAAGAGAAGUUGAGGAAGUUAAGAGUCAAUUACUUAAAAAGGAUGAAAUCAUUACAUCUUUAUCCAAAGAAACAGAUAGAUUAAAGUUAGUGUUAAAAGAGUUGGCAGAAGCAAAGACAAAAUUGGAAAUGAAUGAUAAACGGGAAGAGGGUCUUCGAAAUGAAUUGGCAGAUUUACAAUCAGGCUUGGAACACAUGAUGCGUGCAGAUGCAAAAUCAAGAGAACGUAUCUAUCAAUUGGAAGAUGAUGUUCGUGAGUCGCAAGCACUUGUUAAUAGACAGUUAGAGGAAAUAAAUGCUCUAAAAAAUAAUAUGCAAGAUUUAAUGAAUGCAAAUAAUAAUAAUGAGGAAAUUGAAAAAAUCAAGGCAGUUUUCGAAAGUGAUGCAAGGAGAUUACAAGAAGAAUUAGAAGAAUUAAGAAAAAAUUUAUCAGAAGUACAAACUGAAAAACGUUCUAUUGCGAGUGAAACAGAUUCUUUGAAGGAUGAGAAAAAAGUUUUAGAAAGAAAAAUGCAGGAAAGUGAACGUCAAAAAAAUGAUAUUAUUGCCGAGUUAGAAGCUUUAAAAAUUCGUAAAAAGCAAGAUGAAAAUGAAAAGAAUCAAAUCGUAUCUCAAUUAGAGGAAUUAAGAUUAAAUGUAACUAAAGAUGAAGAGCAAAAAAAGCAAUUAAUCCAAGAAUCGAAUAUAGAAAAAAAAGCCCUUUUUGAAGAAUGCGAGAAUACAAAAAAAGAAUUGAUUGAAACACGCGAAAGUGCUGAAAAGGAACUUGAAGAGUUACAAAAACAACUUUUUGAUUUGAUUAAGAAAGCUGAAUAUGCUGAGCAAUUGAAGUCUGAAUUAGAAAUCAAAGCUCAAGAACUGAAAAAUUUGUCAGAAAACUUUGAAGAAGCUAAGAAUGAAAGUGAAAAAUUGAAAGCCUCUCAAGAGGAAGUUGCACAGAAUAACCUUGAAAAUCUUAAGACAGAAUAUGAAAAUCAAAUUAAUGUUUACAAAGUGGAAAAUGAUCAAUUGAAACAAAAGAUAAAGGAUUUGGCGUUGGCAAAUAAUAAUAUUCCUGAUACCUUACAACAUAAUACACAAGGAUAUGAGAAAAAGAUCGCUGCGUAUGAAGAACAGGUUGCUGGUUUCAAACAUAUUGUCCAUGAAUUGACUCGUGAAAAUGUAUCAAUUUCUGGUGAAAAUAAAAAGAUCUUAGCAGAACAGGAGAAGUUAAUGGAAGCUCAUAAGCAAGUUGAAAAUGAAUGUCUUAAGUUGAUGGAUGAAUUAGAACGUUUGCACAGUGAAUCACUCAAUGGACAGUACAUGAUAAAUAUUACACCAUCACAUACCGAUAAUACAGAUGGAACUAAAUCAGGAGAAAAUCAAGAAAAUUCAGAAGAUAAACAAAACGGAGAAUCUCAAACAGCACAACAGAACAUUAAUGGGCAACUUGCCAGUGGCGAUUUAACGCGUCUUCAAUCACUUUUAGCUGAGAAGCAAACACAAUUAGAACGUCUUUCUUCAAUGCAUAACUCAGAAAUACGUGAAUUGCGUAAGAAAGUAUCUGAAUUAGAAAAAUCAAAAAAACGAGAAAUUAAAUCACUGAAUAAAGACGUGGCUGAAUUAGAAUCGUUAAUUGAAAGUAAAAUAUUUCGGGAAGCAGAUUUGGAAGAGGAAAUUCAACGUGAACGUGGACAUUCAAAGCGAUUAAAAGAUGAAGUUGAAGAAUUGCGCGAACAAAUAAACGAAAUCAGAAAUUUAGAUAAUUCAAAUAAUGUUCUAGAGGCAACAAUUAUUGGUAAUGGUUUGAUCUCUAAAUCUUCUAUUAAAUCAAAUGGGGUUGAGGACGGCACAAUAUAUUGUGAGAUUUGUGAAGAAGAAGGUCAUGACAUCAUCAGUUGCAAAGCAUUUUUUGGUUCAAAUUCGUCAAAUGUAACAGAGGAUAAGAAAUCAGAUGAUAAUAUACAAAACGAAAGUGCUACCGAAGACAGACCGGAAUUUGGACUUCACUGUACAGAAGAAUGUCCAAAUCAAAAUGAGACAUUUUAA